CUCUUGUAUUUCAGUACUUUCGACAUAUCCAAUACUGAGCUCACUACCGGUCUCUUUUCAGCUUCGCUGUGACUAGCAUGGCUGACACUGGUCUUGUAGAAACGCUUCUUCGGCGGGUGGAAAAGGUGGACGGUGGUCUCGACAGUCAGGAUGUUGCGACCAGUCUCGGGGUGGACCACCAAGCUAUCGUCGGUGCUGUGAAGAGCCUACUGGCACUUGGUGAUGUGAUCUCAGCUGAGCAGCGCUCCUCGAAGCACUGGGAGCUGACUGGGGAAGGCUGUGAGAUAGCCGAACAGGGCAGCCAUGAGGCCCGAGUCGUCAGCUCCAUCCCAGAGGAAGGGAUGCCUCAGAGCCAGCUCAUGAAACUAGCCUUUGGGAAGGUGGGUUUCAGCAAGGCCAUGUCCAACAAGUGGAUCCGUCUGGACAAGGGCCACGAGGGCGGACCCAGGAUCUUCAAGACUGUGGAGCACUUAGAAGACUUGGUGAGGGACAAGUUGCUCCUGGUACAGAAAGGCCAGGCGUCUCAACUGGAGGAGAAGGAGAAGAAUGAGCUGAAGAAACGCAAACUGCUCUCUGAAGUGACGGUCAAGUCCUAUUGGAUCACAAAGGGCAGCUGUUUCAGCACCACCAUCACUAAGCAGGAGACAGAGCUCACCCCAGAGAUGAUCGCUAGUGGGAGCUGGAAGGAGAAGAAGUUCAAGCCUUAUAACUUUGAGGCCUUGGGUGUGGCCCCAGACUGUGGCCACCUGCAUCCGCUCAUGAAGGUCCGCACGCAGUUCAGACAGAUCUUCCUGGAGAUGGGCUUCACUGAGAUGCCCACCAACAACUUCAUUGAGAGCUCCUUCUGGAACUUUGACUCCCUGUUUCAGCCCCAGCAGCACCCAGCCAGGGACCAACACGACACCUUCUUCCUGUCUGACCCAGCUCAGGCCCAUGAGUUUCCCCAGGACUACCUGGAGAGAGUGAGGAAGGUCCAUUCAGAGGGAGGCUUUGGAUCACAGGGGUACAAGUAUGACUGGAAGAUUGAGGAGGCUCAGAAGAACAUCCUCCGUACUCACACCACAGCAGUCAGCGCUCGCAUGCUGUACAAACUUGCUCAGCAGGAAAAGUUCACCCCUGUCAAGUACUUUUCCAUCGACAGAGUAUUCCGUAAUGAAACUCUGGAUGCCACCCACUUGGCAGAGUUUCACCAGAUUGAGGGAGUGGUGGCUGACUAUGGCCUUACCCUGGGUGACCUCAUGGGCAUCCUUCAUCAGUUUUUCAAUAAACUAGGAAUCACCAAAUUACGCUUUAAACCGGCCUACAAUCCAUACACCGAGCCGAGCAUGGAAGUGUUCAGCUAUCAUGAAGGGCUGAAGAAGUGGGUGGAGGUGGGAAACUCUGGGAUGUUCAGGCCAGAGAUGCUGCUGCCUAUGGGGCUCCCUGAGGGGGUGACGGUCAUCGCCUGGGGGCUGUCUCUGGAGAGGCCCACCAUGAUCAAGUAUGGCAUCAACAACAUUCGUGAGCUGGUGGGACACAAGGUCAACCUGCAGAUGGUCUACGACAGCCCUGUGUGUCGACUGGACUCUUAGAUUCUGUUCAGGCUUCCUCUUGGACAGGCUCACAUUACCAUACACAUCCCACCCAAGGCCCGUGUCGUCAGUACCCCUUUGCCCACUAGCAACCAUAUGAACACUGAACAAUCCCAAAAACCCUUAAUCUACCUUGGCCAGAGACAGAUCUGUCUGUUUGAGAGGGAGGGAAAGAGGACUUACUUUUCUCCUUAUAGCUUGUCUGUGGUUCUAGCUGGAUUAUUGCCGUUGUUUAGCCACGCGAUACACAGAUUAUACUUUAAACCUCAUUUAUGAAACAAUUAUAACUCAUCAUUGGUCGUAAUCAGUAUCUAUGCAUGUGCUGAGGGGUAGGUAGUCCUAUUACUGUUUUCUCUGCUGAUGUGUGCACUACAUCAGAGCAUAAGGAACUUCACCAGUGAGUCUGUUUUUGAAUUUAAACGUUAGGUAGCCGCUGUGCAGUUUUCUAUGUAAUGAAAUGCUUGUACAGUAAAGAUGCUAACUUGAAGCCCUUUAGCCUUCCAUACAAAACCAACCAACUCUGUGCUGUGUCCACUCAGUUCAUGAGACAAAUUAGAAAUGGUCAAAUAAAGAUGUUUGAAAGUAGCACGAUUUACGCCGUCAGUCUAAUGUAAUCCCCAUUGGUAAUGCUGAGUUUUUGUUAUUCUACUCUGGCUGUGCCAGGUCUGGCUUUAAACCGGUCAGAAGAACAUUCUUGUUUUCCUCAAUCUUGUUGUGGCAGGUGCGUAACGUGGAUUGGCGUGUUGAGUGAUGUGUGCCAAGGUUUAACCCAGAGGAUUUAGGAGUUAUUUGUGUCAUUCCAGUGAAGGUGGGAUUACGAAUCACCUUUAUCGCCUUUAAGUCUCAUGUCAUCGUACACAGGGUAGACUUUUAGCUCUGUGUGCUCACAGGAGAUAAUUGGGUUAACACAUUAGAGCACUUUGGUUGUAAGUGUAACCUAAAAUAAUUUGCUAUGGUACUAAAUAAAGAGUCAAGUCUU